AUGGCUACAGUUUUCUAUGUCUUUUGUCAGGAAGAUCCACUCUGGAUGGGACAAUGUUUACACUUACAUGGUGGAGACUUUUCCUUUCAUUAUAAUUGGAAACUCACGACCUUUUAUCCAAAGGAUCCACGUCCAGUCGAGCUACUGAAGAAUGGUUUUCGUCCUCUAGCUGUCAGAAACUUUCACUCGGACUUUUUGUAUCGACGAUGGUGUCGUUGUCAUAUGAAGUUAGAAGAUGCUUUUGUAGUACCAAGUGAAGAGGUGGAUCCGACUAUUCGUCGUCUACAGAAGAUUCAUAUACAAGAUCUGACAUUUCAAGACUUUUACGAACAAUAUUCGAAAGUGCCUUUUGUUAUUUGCAAUGCGAUCGGGAACUGGAAAGCGUCUACGGAGUGGACGAGUGAGAAGUUGGUUGCCAGGUUUCCAACCAAUGUAAAGCAUCGCAUUACGCACAAUUUAGACAUCGUGUCUAGCACCUCGACGAUGGAAAUGAGUUUUGCCGACUACUUCCAGUACGCCAAUAAUCAGCACGAUGAGACGCCGCUAUAUAUCUUUGAUGCACAAUUUGGCGAGAAGAUGCCUAGUAUGCUCGAGGAUUACAGAGUUGAUGACUUGAAGGUGUUUAAGGAAGAUUUUCUAAGCGUCCUUACUGAUCCAGAGGAGGAUAAAAAUAGUAAAAUGAGACCUACCAAGGGGGUGAAAUUAGAAUCUGGAGGUAAAAAGGUGCGUAAAGAUAAGAAAACAAAGCGUGUCUCAGGUUCUAUGAGGCCCGAUUUCCGCUGGAUUGUCGUUGGACCUCAGCGCACUGGCGCGCCAUGGCAUCAGGAUCCUGCAAGAACAUCUGCUUGGAAUGCACUUGUUAAGGGGCGAAAGCGAUGGGCAAUCUAUCCUCCAAAUUCGCUCCCACCAGGUGUAAACGUUGGCAAGAAUGGCGAGUACCUUGAUAAUGGCUUGAACAUGCCGUCACUGAUGUGGUAUUUGCACGUGUACCCCACUCUCACGCCUGAUCAGAAACCGCUUGAAAUCAUUCAAGAAGAGGGUGAGACAAUAUACGUUCCCAAUGGCUGGUGGCACCUUGUAUUAAACUUAGAUCUCACGAUUGCAGUCACACAUAAUUUUGUGGACUCGCAUAAUGCAGUCAUGUUCAUGAAAGAUUUGCUCAAUGAUGGACAAGUUGAAGCACUAACAGUGUUUCAGCAUAAACUGCGAGCUACACGGCCGGAGACCUUUGAUAUUUUUCGUCUAGUUCAGAUUCCUCGUGUGAAUGGGUAUUUGAGUGAAGACAUGUUCCAGCAAUCGUUUCGUAUCUUAGAGUAUUGGAAGCCUCAGGUGAAAAGAAUUUUUAAGCGUCAUAAAGUGCUAGCUCUGCCAGAAACUACUGAAGUAGUUAAGAAAGUUGUGGAAAAAGUGAGAUACCCAAAGAUAAAGAGUCUUACCUCGCGCGUGAACCCGACAUUUGGGGUGGGAAAGCAUCUGCUAGUAAAGUUCUUUAGCCAGUAUAACGGAAAAUGGGGUGAGUUCGACUUUGAGUCGUACAUGACACCAAAUUACGGCUCAACCGACAACGUGUUUGAAUUUCCGUCAAAGCGUCAUAAGCUCAACGUUUUGAAGCCGUAUGAAUUGAAAAAUGCGAUGUCCUUACGAUACGCAAUGGAGGAUUGCUUUCGCAUUGAAAAGGCUGUCUACCGAAUGAUGGAAACAGCAGUGGGCUCAAAGCGCUCUCAUCAGUCGCUCCGAGGAAUGGUUCCUCACUUGCAUUGUUUUGGGCACCUUCUCUAUACGGAUGAGGUGGAUGAUGACGAAGAAGAAGGGCAAAUGUGGCGAUGGCCGUACGUUGUCAUUGAGUACAAGAGUAGCGUUAUUGGCCUCGACUUGAUCACGAAGAAGGGUGGUGCUACUGCUCCUAGUUGGAAUCGAGUGGCCACGUGGAUCAGUCGGGAGUUCUUGCCCAAGCUGCACUCGGUUCCUAUCGACCCAUCAUUUCAAGGGGUUUACGGUCACAGCAAAGCUGAAUGGGAUUGGUACAUUCAUUACAUGCUUCGCCAAAGGAAGCGUGCCGUGUCAUUCCACCUGGUCGAAAGUGACCUUCCUGCGCAUCUGAUGAAGCUGCUCGAGCACUUUCUCCCUGAUGCAAACAGUGAUGCUAUCGUCUCGCAGCUGCUUCCAGUGAAACCUAUGGAGAUAAAGCCUGUGUUGCUUCACGGCGACUUGACAGACGAAAACAUUCUCGGAUCCGAAAUUGAUGACCACACAAACAACAAUGCGGUAAUGCCGAAUGAACACCGAAACUGUGGCCUGUCGUCAUUCCUAAAGUCCAUCGGGUGCGAGAAGUAUAUUUCGCUGCUUGUCGAGCAGGAGGGACUGACUUUUGAGUCGCUGAGGCUACUUGAUGAGGCUCAUCUGAAAGAUUUAGGUAUUCCUUUGGGACCUCGUCUUGCAAUUUUAAAUAAGAAGCACUCCACUACUCCUGCUCGUAUUGUGGAAAGUGAAGAUGAUGGAAGCGCCUGUCGCUUUGAUGCCGAGGAAGAUUGGGAGACCAGUAGCAGCGAUAGCAGUGCAAGCGAUAAUGAGAGUGAGUACACAACACCGGUAGGGCUGGCCGCCAUCGAAGCGAAGCGAAAGGAGAAAUUUGUUGGGCCACAUGAGUGGAUUCCGACGUCCGUGAUUGACUUUGCAGACGCCAAAACGGGCGAUCCAUUGUACGAGCUCGUUGCCGUCUUCUUUUCUGCUUUACACUGUGAUCGCGAGCUGUGGAAGACGACACUGGCAUCGGAAUACUGGCAACAGUACAUUCAUCGCGAGAAGACAACUUGUGCACCACCACGGCGUUGUCUUCGAGAGCGCUUCCUUCAGUUGGUACUGUUGCAUCCGAGUCGUUCUGCCAAGGCUCUCUUUCACUACUUCCCUCAGGCAGCAAACUUUGCAAGCUGGGAGGACCUCGCAUGUGAACUUUUUAACGACUUGUUUGAAGCGAAGUGCACGGUUAUCGAACGUGGCGAUGACAAAGAGACUUGA